AUGGACGGAAGUGACGCCAUCCCCGGAAGUCGUGCCUCAUAAGGCCAGACUUCUUCCUGUGAAAACUCAUACCGCGAAAAAACGGUUAACCCUUAGGGUUAGCUUCACACCCGCUACUACGGUUGCUUCCCUGGAAUUUUGGAGCGUCUGCCUGCCUCCCUGUGCAGAAUCAACCCAGCAGCUGCACUCUUAGCUUCCCACACCUUCCAUUAUAGUGGAUUUCGGGUCACCUCGCAAAAUGGCAGAUUGCGCGGCGCUUCAGUUUGUCAGCCCUUACGCUUUCGAAGCCAUGCAGAAAGUGGACGUUGUGCGUUUAGCCGCCCUGAGCGACCCGGAGCUCCGAAUGUUGCUGCCUUGCUUGGUGCGGAUGGCCUUGUGCGCGCCGGCGGAUCAGAGCCAGAGCUGGGCUCAGGACAAAAAGUUGAUCCUCCGCCUCCUUUCGGGAGUGGAAGCUGUCAACUCCAUCGUGGCCUUGCUGUCCGUGGACUUUCACGCUUUGGAACAGGAUGCCAAUAAAGAACAACAGCUGAGGCAUAAAAUUGGCGGAGGUACCAGCGAGAGCAUCUUGGUGUCUCAGCUGCAACACGGUCUGACUUUGGAGUUCGAGCACAGCGAUUCCCCUCGGCGGCUCCGUCUUGUGCUUAGCGAAUUGCUGGCGAUCAUGAACAAGGUGGCGGACUCCAACGGCGAGUUCUUUUUCAAAUCGCCGGAGCUGUUUGAGAGCCCUGUCUAUUUGGAUGAAGCGGCCGACGUUCUCUGUAUCCUGCAAGCAGAGCUCCCUUCGCUGCUGCCUAUUGUGGAUGUGGCUGAAGCCUUGCUGCACGUGAAGAACGGGGCGUGGUUCCUCUGCCUCUUAGUGGCCAACGUUCCCGAUAGCUUCAAUGAAGUGUGUCGGGGCUUGAUCAAAAAUGGCGAGCGUCAAGACGAGGAAAGCUUUGGUGGCCGCCGCAGGACCGAGGCGCUCCGCCACCUUUGCAGGAUGAACCCCUCUCAGGCGCUGAGAGUCCGCGGGAUGGUGGUGGAGGAGUGUCAUCUUCCGGGACUCGGUGUGGCCUUGACUUUGGAUCACACGAAGGCCGAGUCUUCGGAGGACGGCGUCAGCGACCUGGUGUGCUUCGUGAGCGGCCUGUUGCUCGGAACCAACGCAAAAGUCCGGACGUGGUUUGGGACUUUCAUCCGGAACGGUCAACAGAGGAAGCGGGAGAACCUGGGCUCCGUGCUCUGGCAAAUGAGGAGGCAGCUGCUCCUGGAACUGAUGGUGAUCCUGCCCACUGUCCGUAGCAUGCACAUCCGGGAAGACGCGGACACGGAGCCCAACGUCUCGGUGUACUCCGGGCUGAAGGAGGAGCACGUGGUCAAGGCCAGCGCCCUCCUGCGCCUCUACUGCGCUUUGAUGGGGAUCGCUGGCUUGAAGCCGACCGACGAGGAAGCGGAGCAGUUACUCCAGCUCAUGACAAGCCGCCCCCCCGCCACGCCAGCUGGCGUUCGCUUUGUCUCGCUUUCGUUCUGCAUGCUGCUGGCCUUCUCCACGCUUGUCAGCACGCCGGAACAGGAGCAGCUGAUGGUGAUGUGGCUGAGUUGGAUGAUCAAAGAAGAAGCUUAUUUCGAAAGCACUUCUGGGGUCUCCGCUUCCUUCGGAGAGAUGCUCUUGUUGGUUGCUAUGUAUUUCCAUAGCAACCAGCUCAGCGCCAUCAUUGACUUGGUCUGUUCGACUCUGGGGAUGAAGAUUGUCAUUAAGCCUAGUUCUCUAAGCCGCAUGAAGACCAUCUUCACACAGGAGAUUUUCACCGAACAGGUGGUCACGGCUCACGCGGUCCGCGUGGCGGUCACGGGCCACCUGAGCGCCAACAUCAACGGCUUCCUGCCCAUUCACUGCAUCUACCAGCUUCUCCGGAGCCGAUCGUUCACCAAGCACAAAGUCUCCAUCAAGGACUGGAUUUACAGGCAGCUGUGUCAAACCACCACACCGCUCCACCCUCAGCUACUUCCGCUCAUUGACGUCUACAUCAACUCCAUCCUUACGCCGGCAUCAAAAUCCAACCCAGAAGCCACAAAUCAACCAAUCACCGAGCAGGAAAUCUUGAAUGUUUUUGAAGGGCUAACUGGGGUAUACGGCGGAGAGACCGCCCGUCCGAAUCAGCGUUAUGGAAUCACAGCCCAGCUUCUGGUCCUGUAUUACAUCCUGUCCUAUGAAGAGGCGAUCCUGGCCAGCUCAAAAACUCUGGCUGCCAUGCAGCGGAAGCCCAAGUCGUACUCCCCUGCCUUGAUGGACCAGAUCCCGAUCAAGUAUCUCAUCCGGCAGGCUCAAGGGCUGCAGCAGGAACUGGGCGGCUUGCAUUCUGCGCUGCUGCGCCUCCUGGCCACGAACUAUCCUCACCUCUGCAUCGUCGAUGACUGGAUCUGCGAGGAACACAUCACGGGCACAGACGCACUCUUGCGCAGGAUGCUCCUGACCAAUGCUGCCAAGAAGCACUCCCCCAAGCAGCUCCAGGAAGCAUUUUCGGCACUACAAGGAAACCACACACCGCUCCUGCAGAUUCUGGAGCACUUGACCCUCCUCUCGGCCGGAGAACUGAUCCCCUACGCUGAGGCGUUGACCUCCAACAUGAACCGGCUGCUCUACCCUGGGAUCCCUCGCCGGAUUCUCCAGACCGUCAGCCGGCUUUGGAUGGCUCUGAACACGGUCAUGCCUCGCAGGUUGUGGGUGAUGACGGUGAACGCCUUGCAGCCAUCGGUCAAGAUGAUCAAGCAACAAAAGUACACUCAGAAGGACCUGAUGAUUGAUCCUCUGAUUGUGUUAAGAUGUGAUCAGAGAGUCCACAGGUGUCCCCCUCUGAUGGACAUCACCCUACACAUGCUAAACGGAUAUCUGCUUGCGUCGAAAGCCUACCUCAGCGCCCAUCUCAAGGAAAUGGCGGAUCAAGACAUCCGGCCGUGCCAGAACAACGCGAUGGGCCCAGAAGCCGCGGAUGUCACGCGGGAGGAGCUGAAGAAUGCCCUGCUGGCUGCCCAGGAUAGUGCUGCUGUCCAGAUCCUGCUGGAGAUCUGCUUGCCGAUGGAAGAAGAGAAACCUCCGGGCAGCGCCUCUGGCAGGCCGCUGAAGAGCAUCCCCAGCUCCAGUCCUCGGAAAAGACAACUGAAACAGGAGGAAGAGGAGGAGCAGGAGCAGGGAGACGGAGAGAAGGAAGAGGACAGCCUUCUCUGCAACUUGCGCGAGGUGCAGUGCCUCAUCUGCUGCCUCUUGCACCAGAUGUUCAUCGCGGAUCCCAACAUCGCCAAGCUGGUUCACUUCCAGGGCUAUCCAUGCGAACUCCUUUCCCUGACCGUGGCUGGCAUCCCAUCAAUGCACAUCUGCCUGGACUUCAUACCUGAGCUGAUUGCCCAACCUGAACUGGAGAAACAGAUUUUUGCUAUCCAGCUGCUUUCUUAUUUGUGUAUUCAGUACGCUCUACCGAAAAGCCUCAGUGUGGCCCGUUUGGCUAUCAAUGUCAUGGGGACGCUGCUAACAGUUUUAACCGAGGCGAAGCGCUAUGCCUUUUUCAUGCCCACCCUGCCCUGCUUGGUCUCGUUCUGCCAAGCCUUUCCUCCACUCUACGAGGAUAUCAUGUCUUUGCUCAUCCAGAUUGGGCAGGUUUGUGCCUCCGACGUCGCCACGGAGACAAGAGACUUCGACCCUAUAAUUACACGUCUCCAGCAGCUGAAGGAGAAGCCGUCCGAGCGGACCAGACUUCCUAAACAACCGGCUUAUAAAACUGGUGCCGGAGAUGCCAGUAGCACGGACCCCAACGUCCAGCUGUGCCACUGUAUUGAAAAUACAUUCAUCGAAAUAAUUAACAUGAGCGUGGGUGGUGUUUAAGAAACGGAAGAGCUGUUGCUGAGUACUGCGAUGUUUGCUGACUUCCGAUUGGCGAACACCAAAGUGAAGAUUUGCCCGGGCGUAUUCAAGCAAAGCAUUGGCUUUUUUAAAAAAAUCCCCAUUAGUGUGGAUUUCAUGCAAAGUUGUGGCUGAAAGAUACAACUGCUGCUUUCAGUGAAAGCGCCUAUAAUUCUUGCAGGGGGUUGUGGAGGUCUUAGGCGGGCGGUGGCCCGCUUUGCCCAACCCUGUGUCGCUCCUUCCUGGAAGCAUCCAUAUUUGCUUAGUUUUUGAAGUGUGGGACUUGCAAACAGUGAUCCAGUAUGUAUUAUGUUACAACCACUGGAGAAGCCGUUGGCUUGAUUCCCCCCCCCCCCCCCCGCCCAAUUAAAAAGUGUCUUGGAUUCUUUCCCAGCCCUGGUCAGUCUGGGGUCAAAAAUUUGUGAAGAUGAACCACAGGCAGAAUUUUUGGGUGAAAACUUUAAUUCAAAUGAAAUGCUCUGCAGAUGGCUAUUGGCCCAUGGAAUGAACUCACUCCUUCAAGAAGAAUUUGGGAGGAGGCUGGCAAAGCCCCAAACAAAUGACGUGAUAGGUUGGUUGUGUUUUUUUUUCAAUUGUCUGAGUAAAAACCUGUACAAUGUGGUAGGCCUCACAGGGCCAAUUUGAGGGAAAUUGCUUUUUUUUUAUUUCUUCUUGCUUGCUUGGAAAACAUCACAGGGGAGAGAACUGUAGGAAAAUCUAGGUCAAUGGAACUGACAUGUUUAUGGCUCUUUGCCUUGCUUGAAACUGGCUCUGAAGUGGUUGGCUGGAGCUAAGAGGUUCCUUUUUGCCAGUAGAAGGGUCACAGGUACGUAAGUUGGCCAACCGGUUACGUUCCAUAGCCAGUACUCAGUAUUCUGGCCUUUUUAGCCGUCUGCUCCUCCUAUACAACUAACAUUUUCGUGUCAGAUUUCUGCUUCAGUUGGAGUACCAAACGUGGCAAAUGGAGAACGUAUUUCCCCCCGCCCCUGUGAAAUUAUUUAGAUUUUUAAAAAAUGCCUUGUAGGGUUUGGGAUAAAUGAUUGUUUCGGAUGCUAGAUGCCGAGGGGUGGGGGGAAAUCCAGGGCACAGUUUUUUAAUCGGGUGCCAUUUUUAUUAUUGUCAUGCUGUUGUGUCCCAAAAUCAUUUUAUUUAAAAUAGGAUUGACAACAACGAGCGGAGAGCGAAGAUUUGACAUCCUCCUCUCCAUCUAGCAUCAGUUAUUUAGGAGAGAGGCAUAAAAAUCAACCUAAUACUCCUGCCAGAAAAACUAGGCCUGAGGUACCAGUGACAAAUAGUCACUGUUUUGUUUCCAGCUAAGAAUUUAAAAUAACUUUAAUCAAGUCGCAUUGACUGAAAGCCGGUCAUUUUGUAAGCAUCUCUCUCUCUCACACACACACAAGAUUUUUUAGUCAUAGUAAGUGAUUUAGGGGAAAGGAAUUACACUCCAGUGGGCUGCUUCAUAGUCGAAUUAUGAAGCCAUUCAUAUAUUUGGAUUAUUUUUUGCUUAGUAGUUAGAAUGUUUUGCAGGAGAAUGCAUCUCCCAGAUCAUUUGCAAGCACUCUUCUUGACUUCUUUUGCUCAAAGCACAAUCUUCAAAUACGUCUGCAGGUUUUCAAUAUUGUCAUGUGUGUGCUUUAAUGAUUGCAGAAUUGCAUUUAAACAUUCCUUCAGCAGAAUCACACCAGUACAUUAAUCUUGGGAGUUUAGAUAUUCCAUACUGUGGUUUUCGACUUCUUUAUAGCUGUAAUUUUAAUUCUACAUUCAAUCCGCUAGGUUGAUCCUGACAAUGCUUUUCACAAACAUUAUUUUGGCCUUCAGAUGUUUUAUCAUAUUCUGCUCUGAGAUUGCCUCUUCAGAUACAUGCCAGCAUUACCUUCUUACCAUAUGCACCGUCAAAACCUACUCUGUAUUGUGUUUUUAUAUUUUAGCAGACUGCAGUGGGUUGGUUUUGUACAGACACUGAUGUAAAAAGUGUAUAUAUGUUUGCAUGUCGUCAGGUUGUUUUUCGGCUGUAAUACUUUUAUAUAUUGUUGGUAGCAUUUUAUUUCAAUGAGACCCAUUGGAAGUAAUGUGUUUCUUAUAAACAUUUAUACCAUUUCAA